AUGAAAUUAACCACGAAAAACUUUCUCUUCUGGCGUACCCAACUUGUACCAUUCCUCCGUGGACAAGGCCUCCUGGGGUAUGUCACCGGCGAUACACCUUGUCCACCCGCCACGCUUAAGUCUCCGGCCUCCGGUGAAGCUGCCUCCAGCGCCACAACAACCACCACCACCUCGAACCCGGCUCACGGUCUAUGGAUACAGCAGGACCAGAGCAUACUGUCCCUGCUCGUGUCGUCAAUGGCGGACGAGGUACUCUACCUCGCCGUCGGCCGUACAACGUCGCAUGAGGUGUGGUCUUCGAUCACGGCGGCACUGGGUUCCUCGACUAGGGCGAGAUGCCUCAAUUUGCUGGCUCAAUUCCAAUCACUCAGGCAAGGUGACAGCACUCCCGCCGAGUAUCUCGGCCGUGCGCAGCUGUUAGUGGAGGAUCUAGCGUUGGCCGGCCGUCCGGUCUCGCUUGACGAACAAAACCUCUGGGUUUUCCGAGGUCUCCGGCCAGAAUUCCGGUCGAUGGCUUCAUCCCUCACGGCAUCCGGCACACCGGUGUCGAUUCCCCAGCUCUCGGACUAUCUCCAAGCCCAGGAAUUCAUUUGGGCGGAUGAGUUCUCCACUGCCGGCGCUUCAUCCGGCCACACGGCCUUGGUGGCUCGACGUGGUUACGCGCAGAACCAGGCCGCAGGUGGCGGUCCUAGGAAUGCUGGUUCCGGGCAGCAAUGGCGAGGACGGGGCAGAGGCCGUGGCGGACAAGGCAGAGGCCGAGGCGGUGGUGGUCGAGAUGCCAAAUCUGCCGCUCACAUGGCCACACCGCGCUUCACUGCUAUAAACGGUACUCCGGCGCUCCGCAACCGCAGGCCCAUGCGGUAG